GACCCCUCGACUUCAGUGCCGCGUGUCUUCGUCGUACCCGUGUGUCAUCAUCGCCAUCAUCAUCAUCAUCAUCAUCACCACCACUGCCUUCCUCGGUGGCUGCUGUUCUGACACUGGAGUCCAGCUGUUGCCAUGUUGCCAGCAUCCGAAGGACCGCGGCUGCCUCGUUUAUGACGCCGUGUUGCAGCGCGUGCAGCCCGGCAGCCGCUCGGAGGAACACGCCGGGCGUGAUCGACGCCAGUACAGUGAAUUGAAAGAAGAUCUGGUCGUGUGCCACACAGGAUGUCUGCAUGACGGAGCUCCAGUUCCUCCUCCACCGUCACAAGAUGCUGCCUCGAGGUCUGCCAGGGAAACGUAAUGCUCUGAGUUUACCGUGAGGUGUGAGCCAGAGUCAUGGGCUGCGGGGGCAGCAGGACAGAUGCUUUGGAGCCCCGUUACCUGGAGAGCUGGACCAAAGAGACAGAGUCCACCUGGGUGACCAACACGGACACCGAUAUCCCGCUGUCGUCCAUUCAGAGCAUCCCGUCUGACGGCGCCGAGGCUGGAUUCAACUCUGACAGGCACAGUCCUGUGACCGAUUUCUUUGAGGACAGUCUGCCGCCACCUGCGCAGGCCUACCUGACCGUCUGCUCUUCGGUGUCUGAAGCGAGCCUCGACGACGUCAAACCCAGCAGCCCUUCUGCAAUACUGGCCUCCCCCCACCAGGAGGCGAUGGUGGCAUCUUCAGGCACCACCUUGCAGCGAAGAAGUGUCCUUCACACGGAGGAGAUCACCAAAUGGCCGGACAACCGGAUGUCCACCAAACAGGUGACCAUCAUGGUGACCCAGAGUAUCCACCAGGUAGACAAGAACGUCAAGGUGAAGAAGUCUCUCACCAGCUAUGAGGUGGUGAAGCCGAUGGAGCCACUGAAACACAAGACUUGAGCUGCUGGAGGAGUCAACGAUGAAGAGGGAUGAAGUGUUGAACACGAGCCAAUCGGAGCACAUGUUGCACAGGAGAAUUAAGAUUACAAGUUUUUAAAAUCUUUUUCCUUUUUGGAUUGAUAAAUAAGAAUCCAUACAUACGUGUUUUUUUUCUGCAAAUUAUCCACAUAUUGCUGACAGCUUUGUUGAGAUACGGAGAUGAAGAGAAAGCACACUGGAGUCCAGAAUUUAUAUUUUUAUUGACCCGUGGUAAACAAGCAGCAACAGAUCACUGCAGUGUCUGACAUCACAGUGUUUCCAAACAUCAAGGACCGUAGCAUCAGGAAGUGAUUUAGACUGAGUGUUUUGUUGCUACAUCGUGCUCUAAUUCUGAUGAAAAUAAAGACGCAUUAUCUGUCUCCAUUCUUGGGCGUUCAAACUCAUUGUUUGGCGACAUGAAAGUGUCGGAGAGUGGGGGAACAUUGAGGAACUAUUGCAUUUAUUAAACAGUUAUUGCAACUGUAGCA